AUGCUUCUCAGUCGAACCCGAUCAAACGCGGCCGGCCACAUCGCCAUUGACGAUGGACUCAAGAAACAGAUCACAUCUGUCGGGGAAGACGGCAGAUUCGAGCUGUGCUUCCACGAUGAUGCUGGAAGUCUUGCGACAUGGUGCAAGAACCUACAAGAGACGUCAAAACGAGUGCAGACCAAUCCUUGCUCUGUCCCAGGUAUCUGUAGACGAAAAUCGACCGGUGGUUUUUGCCCACCGUUGAACAUUGCCAUACUCAUCGUCGGUUCUCGUGGGGACGUUCAGCCGUUUAUACCAAUUGCUCAACUGCUGUCCAAGCCGCCCUAUGGACAUCGAGUACGUAUCUGCACGCAUCCCGCCUUCAAGGACUUUGUCGAAUCCCAGGGUGUCGAGUUUUUCAACAUUGGCGGCGAUCCUGAGGCACUGAUGUCGUACAUGGUGAGGAAUCCCGGCCUGGUUCCCAGCCGAAAAAGUGUCAGAGCGGGCGACAUAGGCAAGAGGAGGGCAGAGAUGUGGGAGAUUAUCAACCGUGCUUGGAGAGGUUGCAUAGAGGCGGGCGACGGAAUGGGGGAUCCAGUCAGGGCCACAGAUGUCGAGAAUGUCGAGGAUCUUUUUCUUGCAGAUGCAAUCAUCGCCAACCCGCCAUCUAUUGCCCAUAUUCACUGCGCCGAGAAGCUGGGGGUCCCGCUGCAUAUGGUCUUUACUAUGCCAUUUUCUCCCACCACUGCGUUUCCACACCCGCUGGCUUCAAUGAAUUACAGCGGCGCGGACGCCAAAACGGCCAACUACCUUUCCUUCAUCAUGAUGGAGCUGUUGAUGUGGCAAGGUCUUGGAGAUCUGAUCAACAAAUUCCGGCGCCAGAAACUCGGCCUUGAUCCCAUCAGCGUCAUGUGGGGGUUCCAGCUCCUAUCUAGGCUGCGCGUGCCUUUUACAUACCUCUGGCCUGAGUCCCUCAUACCGAAGCCUCCCGACUGGGGCAAACAUAUUGAGGUUGUUGGAUACUCAUUCCUGCCCCUAGCGAAGUCGUACACGCCCCCGCCCGACUUGACAGCAUUUCUCGAAAAGGGGCCGAGGCCAAUAUACAUCGGAUUUGGGUCCAUCGUCGUGGAGGAUCCCGACGCUUUCUCGGAACUCCUCUUCAAGGCUGUCAAGAUAGCGGGUGUCCGUGCCAUCAUCAGCAGAGGAUGGAGCGGCGUUGGUGACAAGUGCCGGAUAACGGAAGAUGUCUAUUUGAUUGACAACUGUCCACACGACUGGCUCUUCCAACAUGUCUCGGCAGUCGUUCAUCACGGUGGCGCUGGAACAACCGCCGCCGGCAUUGCGGCAGGACGGCCCACGGUCAUUGUUCCGUUCUUUGGCGACCAGCCCUUUUGGGGACAGAUGAUUGCUCGCUCUGGAGCCGGACCAGAUCCAAUCCCGUUCAAGUCAUUAACGGCAGAGAAUCUGGCCGAGAGCAUAUCUGUUGCUCUGACACCAAGCGUACAAGAAGCCGCAAAAAGAAUGGCAGAGGAUAUCGCUGAUGAAAAUGGUGCGGAAGCCAUGGCCAAGAGCUUUCAGGAGCAGAUUGGCUUGGACCAGUUCGAAUGCGAGAUAUGUCCAGGUCGGUUGGCGACACACCGGCAUAAGAAGACAGGAACUCGUCUGAGCGGCCUUGCCGUUGCCUGUCUUGUUGAUCGUGGAGUCAUACAGCCUGCAGAGCUCGAGCUUAUUCGGCGCAAGAAUUGGUACGUCGACGAAGGUGCUGAACAUCCCCUCGUUGGCCUAGCAGCUGCCUUCACCGGCCCUAUGGGGGACGUCGCGACAGCCACUUUUGACUACUCUCAUGCCUUGCGAUAUCGGCCCAAGCAUACAAAAGUCGAAGAUAGAAGGCCUUCAUGGAUUGAUCCAUGGGCCACGGACAAUUCGACGAAUGGUUCAGUGGGAAGCAACGUAGCUUCACCAAAUCGCCGGAUCAAUCCAACCACCUUCUCGACGAGGGAAAUGGAGCUAUACGCUCACAAAAUCGCACGAAGGUCGCUCAAGACAAACAAUGCCGACAUUGACACGCUGAUUCGCCAGCCGUCGUUAUACGACAAGCAAAAAGCGGCCUGGCAUGCGCGAGAGAGAGGUAGAAACGGCCAACUGUUCUAUCUGACGCGAGCAACCGGUCGGUACGCGGUUGAGCUCACAAAGGUCGGCCUGAAGGCCCCUGUAGCAUUCUUCUACAACAUAGCCAACGGAUUUCACAACUAUCCCUCGUGCGGCUACGCUGGCGUUGAGGUUCGUCGUCGCGACCAGAUCAUCGACUUUGAGACUGGUCUCGUGGCGGCCGCGAAGGAGUUUACGCUGGGCAUUUGGGACGCGUUCAGUGGCGUGAUAAUCCUCCCUUACAAGAGCGUCCAUGAAGAGGGCGCGAAAGGCCUGGGCAAAGGCGUCUGGCGUGGCUCGAAGGGAUUCUUCUCGAAUCUGGGUGCAUCUGCUUUUGGUCUCCCAGGUUACGCACUAAAAGGAAUGGAAAAGGAACUGCAAAAGCAUCAUCUCACCAAUUGCAAAGCUGAGAUGAUCCUCAUCAGGUUACGCCAAGGAAUCGAAGCCUUUCGCAGAGCCACUCCUCAAGAAAGAGACGAAGUAGUCAGGCGGUGGAAAGCACGCGGUUGUACACAAAAGCAGUCAUGA